AUGUCUUACAACGCCCCUUCCAACACUUCCAUCGCCACCAGCGGCGCUCCUCGCGCUGCGGUCUGGAGCUUGAAGUCCUCCAACCCUGAUCUCCCUGCCGAGUCUGCCAUCUUGCCCGAUGAUGGCAGCAACGGCACUGAGUCCGUCUUCGACGAUGACAAGCGUCGUCGCGUCGAGCCUCAGAGCUUUGCUGAUGGUGGCAAGUUCCGAUCUGUCGUUAAGAUUCAGGCUUGCUUCAACAAGGGCAACGGCAGCGUCUGGAUGAUGGGCUCCGGUUGGCUCAUCAGCCCGGACACCGUCGUCACCGCCGGUCAUGUCGUCUACGACUGGGGUCACCGCCUCCAGAGCGCUACGGAAAUCAAGUGCUACAUUGGAUACUCUGGCCGCGCGUCCAUUGGCACCCCCAAUGUCCAAGCCCGUUUUGGCGAGCGUAUCAUCACCACCGCUGAGUGGAUCGAGGCUGCUGGCAACCGCAGACACGAUGUUGCCUUCAUCAAGGUCAACCGUCCCUUCACCGGAAACCUCCGAAACAUCCCGUUCAAGGAGACUCCUUUGUUCGCCAAGAACGCCAACAUUGGUGUUGUUGGAUACCCUGGUGACAAAUACCUCGAGGGCCAGAACGGACAGAGCGGAGAGAAGGGUGCCCAGAUGUACGAGGAGUUCGCGCCUACCGAGUAUGACCUCAAGAAGAGCGAGCGCCACAUGAUUGAGUACCAGGUCUCGACUUUCGCCGGCCAGUCUGGUGCCCCAAUCUUCCAGGUUGAGAACAACGCGCUGGUGUCCAUUGGCACUCACUGCUACGGUGGUGGUGGCGACGAGAGCAACUCUGGCAACUCCAUCGGCGGCCCAUAUGGUAACAACUACCAUGCUUUCCUCGAUCUCUUCAACAGCCCCCAAUUCCCGCAAGCACAGCGCCAGGGUAUCAAGGUUCUCACUGCCAACGGCAAUGCUCGUCCCAGCAGCAACAUCAGCGCCUCCAACGGCGCGCCCAGCAACGGGCAGGUCAAGAACGGCAGCGCCCCCUAUUCCAACGGUUACGGCAACGGCAACACGUACAACGGUAACGGCAACGGAUAUUCCAAUGGUGCCUCCAACGGACACAGCAACGGCUACAACGGCUUUCGCCAGGAGAACGUGUCUUCUCCCCCGCAGCCGACCCACUACAACUCGGGCACGGGUCUUCAGGAGAGUUCGGAUGAGGAGGGCUUCUUCGAUAUCAUCAGGUCGAUCGCCAAGGUCGCCGGACCUGUCGUCUCGACUGUCACUCCUUUCCUUGGCCCCAUUGGUGGGCCCAUCGGUGCCAUCGCUGGCGGCAUCCUUUCGACUGUCGGAGGUGCCGAAAGCGCCCUCGAGGACGGCAACGCGACUGCCGCGGUCGAGACCGCGAUCAACUCGGGCGCCACUGAGCGCGCGGUGCUCGCCGAGGCGUCGCUUCAGGCCCUACUGAAGCUCGAGGAUACCCCCGAGACCGCUGAGAUUCUCCACACCAUCAACUCGAAGUACAACGCCUUCAGACCCAAGUUGGAUGCCAUCGCCAAGGUUGCUCAGCCCCAGCUCACUGAGGCCGGGCUUCACCUGGCUCAUCGCCAGAUGGCCAAGAUCCAGGAACGAGGAGCCUCUGGAUUCCAGGAAUCUGAUAUCGAGCUUCCUCGCGAGCAGCUCAGGGGGCUCCAGUACAACCAGCAGGGUUCGCAAGGAGCCUUUGUUCAGGGCCUUCUGGCACCCACUCGUCCGGUCUCGGGCGAAGAGGGCUUCUUUGACUCCCUCGGCUCCGUCUUGAGCAAGGGCAUCAGCUUCGCCAAGCCCUUCAUUGCGAGUGCCGCGCAGGGAGCACUCUCCGGCGUCAUCGGCCGUCUCGGUGGUGGCGCAGAGUCCUCCUUCGACACCCCCGCCGUCGGCUCUCACGAGUAUGCCACACUCCUCGCGUUCAAGCGUGCUGCUGCCGCAGAAGCCGCUCUGCAGACCCUCAUGGCUCUGCCCAAGGAGAAGCUCGACCGCCUUCGCGUCAGCGAACCCCAAAACGGCGAGGAGGGUUUCUUUGACGUCAUCAAGGCUGGUGUCCAGAAGAUUGCCCCCUCCGUGCUGGACAUCGCCAAGACUGCCAUGCGCAAGGUCGUCCCCGUCAUCGUCGACGCUGCUUCCCAGAAGAUCAAGAGCGCCGUCGGACAGGAGAGCGCCGACUCGGCUCCCCGCAACAACAUCACCAGCACUACCAGUGUCAUUAGGACCAAGAGGUCCGUCGCAGACUUGCUUACCGCGUCGGGUCAGUCCUACAAGGGAGCGAAGGUGAGCAACAGCCCUGAUGAUUCCGACCACGUGAACGCCACCCUGGAGGAGCUCCUCAAGUCCCGUGAGAGUACAUGGGUGCCUUCGCUCCACAAGCGCAAGUCCUGGGACUCGAACGACGACGGCCUCUGCAUGAUGGACGACGAGGAUCUUUGA